UUUAGAAGAAUCUACAUCUGAACUCCCAAGAAUAAACUCAAACAAAGAAUACAGAUGUUCAAAGAGAAGUAGUAAUGGAGUGCAUACAAUGUUUUUUCUACAUGAUCGCUCUAAAUCCUCAUUUAGCAUGUCAUGUUUACCAAACGGAACAUUUGGGUUCUUAAAUAAAACUGAAAAUUGGCCUGUUUGUGUUGAAGAUAUUGAGUGUGAGAAGCUUCCUCCAUCUAUUUCAUCAGAUCCAGAAUAUUCUGAUCCAAAUGAUGACGGCCAUGUUGUCAUUGACAAGAUAAACUUCCCUUCAGGAGCUCUUAUUCAUACUGUCUAUAGAUCUGAUAGAAAUAAUACUGAAAUACCUAGGAACUACAUGGCAAACCUAACGUAUCACUGUGGGUCUGCAAGAAAAUUUCUAGAUCAGGAUGGAAACCAUCAUGAUAUUCAUCGAAUGACAUGUCUCUGGGACAAGAACUGGACAGCAAUCAAUGAACUUGAUCCUUGUGACUGGGUUCAGUGCUUAAAACCCCCACAACCCCCAGCCAUGUCAAACCUAAGAAUAACAUAUUGGGAUGGGAAUCCUGUUAAUUUUGGAGAUCAAGUUACAUAUGUCUGUGAAAAAGGAUUUCAAUUUGAAGAUGAUCAAUAUCAAGAAAGUAGUAAGUAUCAAUGUCAAGAUGGGAAAAGACCUGGUACAAUCAGAGGUUUUUUUAACACUCCAGCAACAGAUGAUCAGUGGCCAAAAUGCACAGAAGCUACAUUCUGCCCAGUACCACCAAAUGCCCCAUUUGAGGGUUUGGUUGAAAAUUAUCUGACAAUAUUUCCUGCAAUGGUUCAAGAAUCCUGCAAUGUAGAUGGGGCUUUGGUUAACAUGAUAUGUCCUUCCUUUCUGAGUAUUCAUAUUACAUCUGGAUAUUACGGAAGAGUUCAAGGAACUAACCAGUUGUGCAAUGGAAAUAAAGAUUCUGUUACUCUUGGGUCUGAUUGCUUAAAUCUUCAGGUUGUCAACACUUCUCGAACUACAUGUGUUUCCAAAUAUAACUGCACAAUAUCAGUAGAAACCUCCUUUCAAACCUGGAAAUCUCCUUGUGAUAAGAAACAAAAAAAUCAGUUAUUGUUGAAUUAUGUAUGCAUUCGCUGCCAGGAUUGGGAUGUUUCUGUCAAUGAUAAAAAUUGUUUUUACAAUUCUUUAACAUUGAAUUUAUGGAAAUCCCAUUUGGACUUGGUAAAUGUCACAAAUGAAGACAUGAAAACUAUUCUGAUAUCUGAGCUCAGCAAGCAUGUUGACAGUGGUGUUCAUACCAUUCAGGAUCUAAGCAGCAGAGAUGUCAGUAAUGCAAAAGGGUCAUUGUGCUCUAUUGCGUUUAUGUACCUUGCCCUUACAGAUACAAUUAAGAGUAAAACUGAAAUGAAAAAUCUGUCUUAUGAUACAAUGAAAGAGACAAUGAUUAAUGAAAUCAUGAAGGUUAAGAACUUAAACAGUUCUACAUAUGAUGCUGGUCAAAAUGAUGAGACUCACAUGAAAGUAUUUAAACAAGGUAAAAAAUUUAAAAAAAAACCAGUUGGUUUUCUAGACUAAACUUUUAGCAGGGAAAUAUUGGUCAUUGAAUCCAUAUCUUACAAACUACUUGUGUAAAAUGUCUUUUUAGCACUUUGUGGAACUUUUACAGUUAAUGCAGGAUCCAAAUCCUAUGGAUCUGUUACAAAUAAUGAAAGUAGAGUUCAAAGAAAAUAUGGAGCAAAUCU